AUGCGGGGGAAUAUCCGGAGAGGAUUUAUCCACCCAACUUGGGGCUCGGGACAUUGCAAAGUUCAAAGUGUUCAUUUCAGUGCCGCUUUCUCUGGCCAGCCUCCACCUCCACCAAACUCGGCCGGAUCUCAAAAUCCGCCCCUCUCCGUCAAAAUCCAUCCCGCCAUCCCAGAGGCCCGGGUUUUCCAUCCGUCCUCCACCAUCAAACAGAACAACGUCGCCCACACUCCCCCGCGGACUUUCAACCCGCCGCUCACCAAAAAUCUAGCGGAUUUUUAA